AGUUCAUCAAUGGCGUCAGACUGCGUCCCCUUUGGGGGUUUAUAAUGCUCAAAAACGCUCUCCUGCGAUCCAAGGUUCCAUUCAAUACCGUAAGAAUCCGAUCGGGUCUGCGAGAAAGUGCGACUAGUUGAUCAAAUCCAUCCGCAUCAUCGUUCUAAAUACGAUUCUUCAAUCUCAAUUUCCGAACUGUUAACCUUUCUUAGGUACUAUGGAGAAAUACGAAGAGACUAGCAACAUUACAAUUACAUGGAGGGGGACUAAGUUUGUUGUUGAAAUGAAUUCUGGUGUUACACUAAGAGAGUUGGGUCUGGAAUUGCAAAAGUUGACAGAGGUCAAAGGAGAUACAAUGCGUCUAAUUGUACCACAAUUGUCCACCAAGAGUUCAAAGAUGUUUUUACCUUUCUCUAAGGAACAUUGCAACCUAUCACUAGAAGAGGCAUCCAUUUUGAAGGGUAAAUCAGUGAAGAUGAUGGGAGUGCCUGAGCAUGAGGUGGAUGAAAUUCUUCAAAGUGCAAAAGAAAGUCUGAGAAUAGCUGGGUUUGAGGAAGAGGAAAAGAGACUAAGGCAGAGAAUGUUGAAUAGGCCAACUGGGCCAAUCAAACUUCCACAAGGACCUUACAUCUUUUGUGACUUUCGUACACUUCAUAUUCCAGGGUUAGAGUUGAACCCUCCUCCAUCUGAGGCGCUAAAAAGAAUGCAUAUGCUUGCUGCAGAUCCUGGAAUAGUGGCUAUAAUGAACAAGCAUCAUUGGCGUGUUGGGAUCAUGACGGAGAUGGCUCCAGAAGGUUACGUUGGUGUUAGCCCUAUGUGCAUUCUGGGAUUCAACAAGAAUCAAGGUGAGGAGAUAUCUUUGCGCCUUCGAACCGAUGAUCUGAAAGGUUUCAGGAAAUAUGAGAGCAUCAAGAAAACACUAUUACAUGAACUUACUCAUAUGGUGCACUCUGAUCAUGACAAUAAAUUCUUAGCUUUACAAAGUCAGCUUAACCAUGAAGCUUCUACAUUGGACUGGACAAAAUCAAAAAGCCACUCGUUAAGCAAAGUAAGUCACUCAAUUUACGAGGAGGAGAAUUUUAUGGAUGUGCAAGAGCACAACCCAACUGGACAUAUACUUGGUGGAAAUUCUUUACGCCAGCUCACUGAUGCUCGUGCAACUUCAGUGGCUGCUGCUUUUGGGCGGUUGGCCACCACCUCCUUGUCAAAUUUGAAGGAAGAAGACCCAGAGCCUGAUGCUACUAUCUGGAAAGAAAACAUUGAUGAGUUAGAUGAUGCUACUAUCUGGAAAGAAAACAUUGAUGAGUUAGAUGAUGGAGCCAAUGAUGAUUCUGAUGAUAUUACAAUUGAAGCUAUGUGCUCUGAGCGUGAACCUGAUCUCGAUGAUCCAAUUGUAGAGGAGGAAACUAGGGAUUCGGAGCCAGAGGUGGAAACUAGGGAUUUAGAGCCAGUUGAUCUACCUAAUGAUUCUUCUUUGACACCAAUGGAGGAACUGAAUCCGGAUAAUGAUGAAGAAUUACAGAGAAUUCAAGAUCCUGUUACUAUUUUUUGUACUCGUCUUCAAAUGGCCAUUAAUAUGCUCAAAUCCGAAGUCAGUUCCUCAGAAUUGGCUACUGUCCAGCAAACUCUGUUCAAGAUAAUCAGGAAUGUGAUUGAACACCCAAAUGAUACAAAGUUCAAACGGAUACGGAAGGUAUAUUUUCUUCUUUACCAAUUUAAAGAUUAAACUCAUAUUUCCAAAUUGACUAGUAUUCUAACUUUUCAAAUGAACAGACUAAUCCAGUAAUCCAGAAGAAUGUUGCCAACCAUAAGGCGGCUAUGGAGAUAUUAUCUUUGAUUGGGUUUAGAGAAGAUACCGAAUUUGAUGAAAUCGGCAGAAUGGAAACUUAUUUGGUUCUGAAGAGAAAUGAUCCAGGUCUAUUAUGGCUUGCGAAGUCUUCCCUUGAGACUUGCAUUGUUUGUUAAAAUUGAUCCCAUCCAUCCAAACUGUGCAAUGAUUAUGUAUGUGAAAUAAUAGACAAACUGUAAAAAAAAAGUGUACAAACUUGCUUGUAUUGUUUUUUUAAUUUUACAGCAUUAUGAGACUUUUUUUUAAUAAUAGGAACAUGGCAUUUUCAGCAAAAGAAACCCAAAUAUGGGCAAAAAUAUGGGUGUUUUCAAAGAUGCAAAUAC